CUGACCCUCGGCCAGGAGCUCUGGCUGUGCUUGAGAGCGUUAGUUCCGGUGAGCCCUUAGACCAGUGAGCUGACCGGCCUCUGGACUGAGCUCCGAGUUGGGGCGGAACUGCGGCUUUGGAGUGGGAAGCAGCUGGUUCACGGCAGGUGCAGAGAAGCUUCCCCCAACCGAGGAACCGAGUAUCCCUGAGGAUAUAGUCAAAAGAAAGUUCUCUAAAACAGAGAGAGCAGUCUGAAGCUGGGGAUGGCAGCAGCAUUGGUGAGUUCCCAUUCUCUGUCUCCCUUGAAUCUGAAGCAAGAGGGGCUUCAGGUAGUGAGGGAGGAUCGCAGUUCUACUUGGGAACAGGAAUUCAAGCUUCAAGGAAACAGCAGGGGCCAUUGUGCAAUUAAGGCAGUUUUGUGAUGAAGAGACUACGGACCUCAAGAAGCACUGAGCUGGCUCCAGGAACUCUGCCAUCAGUGGCUACAACCUGAGACCCACACCAAGGAGCAGAUCCUAGAGCUGGAACAGUUUCUGACCAUUCUGCCUGAGGACCUUCAGGCCCACUUACAGGAGCAUCCCCCAGAGAACAGAGAGGACAUGGUUGUUCUAAAGGAUUUGAAGCUGGAGCUUGGAAAAUCAGGACAACAGGUGGACCCAGACCAUACAAAGAAACAAAAAUUGCAUGUGGAGGAGACAGUCCCUCUGAAAGUGCUUCAAGAGCAGCAGAUUCGGCCUGAGUGUAAAGUUUCAAAGCCUGAGAAAGAGAAGGAUGAGGAGACAAGGUUUGAGAAUGGGAAGCUUGUUGUAGUGACAGACUCUUGUGGAAGAGUGGAGUCAUCUGGGAAAAUCUCUGAACCCAUGGAGGCUCAUUAUGAGGACUCUUCCUUAAAAAGGCAGCCAGCCAAGCCCAAGGAGACUGACUGCAAAUGCUCAGAAUGUGGGGAGGGGUUCAUCCAGCAGUUGGAUCUGAGUGAACAUGAGAGUGCACACACGGGAGAGAACCUCUGUGAAUCUGAACUAUGUCAGAGUUCUAGCCUUACUGGACAUCAGAAAACCCUCUCUCCAGAGAAAGGUCAUCAGUGUCAUGAGUGUGGAAAAGCCUUUCGGAGGAGUUCACAUCUUGUCAGACAUCAGAAAAUCCAUCUUGGUGAGAAGCCUUAUCAGUGCAAGGAGUGUGGAAAAGUCUUUAGCCAGAAUGCAGGCCUUUUGGAGCAUCUCAGAAUUCAUACUGGAGAAAAACCUUAUCUAUGUAUUCAUUGUGGAAAGAACUUUAGGCGCAGCUCUCAUCUUAAUCGACACCAGAAAAUUCACAGUCAGGAGGAGCCCUGUGAGUGCAAGGAAUGUGGAAAGACCUUUAGUCAGGCUUUACUCCUUACCCAUCACCAGAGAAUCCAUAGUCAUUCCAAAAACCAUCAAUGUAAUGAAUGUGGGAAAGCCUUCAGUUUGACCUCAGACCUUAUUCGACACCACAGGAUUCACACUGGAGAAAAACCUUUCAAGUGUAACAUAUGCCAGAAAGCCUUCCGAUUAAACUCACACCUUACUCAGCAUGUAAGAAUCCACAAUGAAGAAAAACCUUAUGAGUGUAAUAAAUGUGGAGAAGCCUUCAGGCAGAGGUCAGGUCUUUUUCAACAUCACAGAUAUCACCAUAAAGACAAACUGACUUGAUGAGGUGUUCUUCACUUGUAGAACAUCAGAGAGGGCACAUUGAAGCAAACUGCACUUUAGGAAAAGUCACUCUAGCCAAUCCUAGCAUCAGAGCAUUCUGGGGGGCCAGAUUGGAGGCUCUCUGCCUCCAUUCUUUCUCCUUUGUUUUCCUUAAAGUCAGUUUUAGAUUUUAGUAAUUUUUUUUUUUUUCCGAGACAGUCUCAUUUUGUCACCCUCAGUAGAGUGUUGUGGCAUUACAGCUCACAGCAACCUCCAACUCUUGGGCUUAGGCGAUUCUCUUGCCUCAGCCUCCCGAGUAGCUGGGACUACAGGUGCCUGCCACAAUGCCCAGCUAUUUUUUGUUGCAGUUGUCACUGCUAUUUUAGCUGACCGGGGCCAAGUUCGAACUCGCCACCCUUGGUAUAUGGGGCCAGCACCCUACUCACUGAGCCACAGGGGCUGCCCAGACUUUAGUAAUUUCAUCCUAGUUGGUACUCUGGAAUCAAAGUUAGCUAGCAUUCUUCAGCACAGGACUAUACAACCUUUAACAUACUAAGUGCAUAAUUAUGUAUCUCUAAGCAGUAGAGAGCCUCAUGAGUGAGUGACAGCUUUGAAGUCAACAGUGAAUCCACAGAUUUAUGGAUUUAAGCAGAACAAGGGCAGGUUGAUAUUUUUGCAUAUCCUACAACAACAGGCUCCUAUAAAAUAAGAUUAAUGCUAUGGGAAAUAUGUGUACCACUCUCAAAGUGUCUUAAAGUACAGAUUAAUGAGAACAUUUUCUCCCAAUGGCUUUAUCCCAUUUCUCCCACUGACCUUACCCCCAUAGUCUCUCACCCCAAAUCAGUAACAUGAUUUUAAAAAGUAAAGAUACCCUUUUACUGGUUAACUAUAGAACUUGCCUUUAGGGUUAGCUUCACGUAGCUUUACCAUUUCCUAACCCCAUCUCCACCACAUUAUCUCAUUCAAGUUAUAAACCAAAGUUUUACUUAGACUAUGGGAGAGAUUUCUUAAGUCAUUUGAAUGAACAGUACUGAAUUAAUCCAAGUAGCAAUCAUUUCACUUGAUAAUUCCAGUGCCAGUAUAGUGGCUGCUCCAUGAACACUAUUCAAUAAAUGUCAGAUUGGACUUUAUCCCUUUAAUAUCGAUGAUGCAAAUUUUAAAAUAUUGCGUGUUCUGGAAUUUGAAAGUUAAAACAAAGUCAGUUUAGAGAGGAAAUUAUGAUCUUUACAUAAUGAAUACCAGAAUGUCAUAGUAAUAAUGAAGAAUAUUAAACUUAAGAGAGUCCACUCCAAAUCAUCACCAGGAUGAUAACACCACUUGUUAUCACUGCCAUCAGCACUGGUAGCAGCUGCAUAGGGUACUGCUGUCUGGAGAAGACUUCUUUGUCUGCCAGUGUCGGAAGAUGGGUGAACCCUCAUGUAGUGAUUAGGACUAGGUUUAGCUGCAUAUGGUUUAAAAUACAAAAAAAUUAGGAAUGACUUCAUAAAAAUUUUUUCUCUUCAAUAGAAAAGGUAGAGAUAAUCCAUCCUUGAUGACUGCUGAAGCUCUAGCCAAAUGAUGAAGAGGCAGGACAAAAAGAUUCCUCCAAAUUCAAACAGCUCACUUUCAGCAGCCUUUCCCAGCAUACUUUAGCAUAUAUGUCAUAGGCCAAAACUUAGGAAAGGAAGGCUAGAAAGUAUACCUUAUUCUAGGUUAUAGAGUGCCCAGCUGAAAAUUAGAGUUUUGUCGCCAAGGACAAAGGGGAGAAUAAAUGUUGUAUUAGGCAUUUAGCAAACUUUGGCUCACUAUGUGUUCCUUCCUACUCUAAUCUGACUAGAUGCAAGCUGACCAGAAGCACCAGUCAAUACUAUUUUUUGAAAGGAGUACAAAAAUCUGUAGGAGAAGCAGCUGUAGCUUUUUGAGACACUAAAGGAUUUCAUGUAAAGUCAGUCAUAGCCUUUUGCUUAGGAAGCCACAAAGGUAUCUAGGUAUCUUUUAUUCUGCCUUUAUGACUAAAAUUACAUUGAUGGCAGGAUUUUUUUCCUCCAAGUAUUGUAAGGGCUACGCUGAGGUUAGAACCUAAACAUUUAGCUCCAUGUUAUAGUUUAAAUCUGUUUGUUCAGUUUAAGAAGAAAAGUACAUAAAUAUCUUUAUUAUUAUGAAAAAGCAAUGAAAAUUAAAAAAUGCAAAAUAUGAAGAGCUAUAUUCCCUUUGUUAUCUGGAAAAUUUAUCUUGGCUUUCUCCAUGAUUAUAUAGAACAGGAAUAAACAUUCUAAAUUCAUUGCCACCUUAAACAACCUAAUUCUUCCUUACAGGUCCAAAGGAAAUGGUGUUAUUCUGCUUGGGGAAGAUCCAUAUUCACCUGGGCAUAUAUGUCAAAGAAGUAUUUAAAAAUGCUUUCUCAAUCAUAGAAGCAUUGAACAAAGGGCAAAUGUCAUAACAAUCUCAAUUAAGGUUUCACUUACACUGUAAGACACCCACGUCACCCUAAAGGUAAAUUAAAAAUCUGUUUAGAGCCUUGGUGUAUGCCAUACCUUUUGGGGGCAAGACACGGUUGUAAGAGGGACUUUACUUAACAAAUGCAAUCAGUGUAACCUGGUUUCUUGUAUCCUCAAUGAAUCCCCAACAAUCAAAAAAUAAAAAAUCUGUUUAGAAGACAGGAAUCCAGGAGGAAUGUAUGCAGCAGUAUCUUCUACUAAUCAAUGAGGCAAUUCUGUUUGGGUAACAUUGUGUGAUAUCCAAAUAUAGAGUGGGAUGGGAAGCCUCUGUGUCUCCAUUUCCCACUCUUCUGUUUAAAAACUGAUAAAGUUGUUACAUAGCUUACCAUUAUAUAGUAGUGGAAAAAUAAGAAAGAGAAAAAAAUCAGGCUUGGCAGCCAUAGCACAGUGGUUACGGUGCCAGCCACAUACACCAAGGCUGGCGGGUUCGAACCAAGCCCAGGCCAGCUAAACAACAAUGACAACUGUAACAAAAAAUAGCCGAGCACCUGUAGGCCCAGCUACUUGGUAGGCUGAGGCAAGAGAAUCACUUAAGCCCAAGAGUUUGUGGUUGCUGUGAGCUAUAACUGCAUGGUACUCUACUGAGGGCGAUAUAGUGAGACUAUCUCAAAAAAAGAAAAAAAUUCACCCUAAUUGUCCUUGUUAUAAUUAUCUUCAUAAAUUCUGUUAAAUUAUGUCUGUUUAUGAUAGAAACUCAUAUUUAUUGUAAAGAAAACUUGAAAAAUAUAAAGAAAAAUUACCUUGUUUCAUGAUCCAGUUAUAUAUAACUUCAAAAUAUAUAUUUAGAAAUCCUGUUCUUUUUUUUAACACAUAGAAACACUUUGCUUGGGUGGCACUUGUGGCUUAAAGGGAUAGGGCACCGGUCCCAUAUGCUGGAGGUGGCAGGUUCAAACCCAGCCCCAGCCAAAAAAAAAGACAUACUUUGCUUUUCUCACUGGACUUUAAUUGUAUCAGGAACGGGUUUCAUUUGAAGUAACCAGGAUAGUAAGUUUGCCCAUCUGCCCACCUCAUUCUAAUCCAGUCCUGCCUUGAUCCUGGAGUUGGCAGCUUCCCAUGUGAUCCUUCUUUGACCACUGAUGAUUGCAUAGAGAAGAACUGAGCCAGGCUUAGCUGUUUAGAUAACUAUGGGAAGUUGACACUGAUUUUAGAUGGUGGUUGGUCUUUAUUAGGCAUUUGAACCAAAAAUUAAUACAGAGCUGGAACAAUUUCUGUGGCUACUUAACCAAAAAGAGACAAAUGAAGAGAAGCAAAAGAAUGAAACCAACUUCUAAAGUAGAGAUCCUAUGAGAGCCCAGAGAUACAGCAACUUCAGGCUUCAACUUCUGGAAUCCAUCUACAUCCUGGUCUUAAGAGUCCCUGGAAUACUCCUGUUUUCUUCCAAUAAAGAUUUUAAGUUUCUAAACCUCAAAAACAAAUCCCUGAUUAAGACACACAGGUCAUUAAUAAUCUUCAUGGAAGAUUAUUUUCUAUAUAAGCGGUACGAUUUUCUGUAGUAUAUGUCUCUAUUUUAGGUUAAAUCAUUUACAGUCUGUCACCAUAAACAAUAUUCCUGGACUCUCACCUCCCCUCCUUCAUGGGACCCACUUCUAAGUGCUCCAAACUUUUUUUU